GACCUCUUUGGCCGUUGGAAAGCGUACCGUACAUGUAGCAGAAGAUGCGAGUGAAUCAGUCUUUAUCAGGUAUCCUGGGGCGAACGAGAUACUACCACCGACUAGUACUAGUGACGGGUAGUCCGCAGAACUCCGCGCACAUGUACAUAAUCAUUAUGCAUGUUACGAAGUCAUGACCUCUGGAUUUCAGCAGCCAAUACUGUGCAGGCUAUGGAUAUUGCUGAUAGGUAGAGUUGAUGUCCGGUCAUGAUGGAAGCAGAGGUGCAGCUACUGGAGAGAUGAGCUGAUUAUUUGCAGGGUGAGGCCAGGAAGGGUGACAUCGGCUGGACGAGUAGGACUACUUGAUUACGAAGACAGCUGAACAUGAUAAUUUUUUCAAAGACUGGUUCCUUCAGUGAGUUGCAAGUCACCUGGGUUUCAACCGAUGUAUCCAAUCAGGGCCCUUCUCUCUGGUAUCGCAAGCAAACUGAUCCUGAUAGCAAGGCAGUGAAAAAGCAGGCAGCAGCCACCACGUACGCAGCUGGUGAUAUGUGUGGAGGAGGAGCAGCCAUUGUUUAUCCGAAUGCAUUCCGCAGCCCGGGAAUCAUUUACAGUGCUGUUAUGACGGGUCUUACACCAAACACUGCGUACACGUACUGGUAUGGCACUGACUGCAGCUCCACACGUAUCCUAUCACCAAAACGAACAAUAACAUCUCCCCAGCCUGUAACAAACACAGGGGAACAAACAACAUGUCGUAUGAUUGCCUUUGCUGACAUGGGUGUGUGGGGUGGCAGCCACAGUUUGCCCACUGACAGCACAGCCAAGUCUGUUGUGGACUUAAUCCAGCGCAUGUGGAUCAACACCGGCAAGAAAAUCGAUAUGAUCGCCCAUGUUGGCGGCAUCUCCUCUGCAGCUGGCAGGGGAUAUGUCUGGGAGAGGUUCUUUUAUCUCAUUGAACCCAUAGCAACACUAGUUCCAUACCAUGUUGGCAUAGGAAGCCCUGAAUAUGGCCACAGAAGUACACCAUCACAUAGAGAUCCCAGUGGAGCAAGGGUCAGCUACAACCCAGGCUGGGGUAACUAUGGCGACGAUUACUCUGACGGAGAAUGCGGCGUUCCCGUGUCGAAGAGAUUCCACAUGCCCCAAUCUCCAGGAAGCAAUGGUGUGUUCUGGUACAGUGUGAAUGUAGCUAAUGUACACUUUGUCAUGAUCAGCACGGAACAUGACCUCAGCCCUGGAUCUGUGCAGUACAACUGGUUGAAAUCUGAUCUCGGAGCUAUCAACCGGGCUACCCAACCAUGGGUCGUUGUUGCUGGUCAUCGACCACUCUACAACAAUGAGAAACGUCAAAAAGAUGAUGAUCUACCAGUGCAGCUGAAACUGAGGGAGAUCCUGAAUCCGGUCUUUGCAGAGUUUGAUGUCAACCUCUAUGUGUGUGGUCACUACCACAACUAUGUUCGCACCACACCGAUAUCAAGGAAUGGCAGUGUGACGUCUGUGGGUACUGUACACGUCACUGUCGGUACUGGUGGUGCUGAUCUUGGUUCAGGCCAGUAUCAUCCUGUUCCCUGGGUUGCAAAGAACUUGACGACAUUUGGAGUGAUUUCUAUUGAAACAGUGGGAAUAGAGAGGAUGAUUGUACAGUUUGUGAGCAGCAGUGGAACAGUGCUGGAUUCCAUCGUCAUGAACCCGCUGUCAUAUGGCACUAGCAAACCCUCAACGACACAGCCACCUGCCACUAUGAAGCAACUGCCCCAAUGCACAUGUCAUGUCACUGGCAUAUCAGCAGGUAGCAGUGAUUCCCUGCCUAGUACUUACACUGUAGUGCUAGUACACACUCUCUGCCUCACCUACAUGAUCAUGAUCAUGACUUGAAGCCGAAGGAAGUCUGUUAGUCCAAACAAUAAUACAAAUGCUUUGCUGCAUGUACAGCAGAUUGUGCACACGGGAUUUCGAGCAAAAACCUGGCGAAAUGUCCUAGCAUUGACCAUAUGCAUGUAGACACUGAACAAUAUUCUCAAUACUCACUGAGUUAUACUGAUGUUCCUUUAUGAUAUUGAAGACAAGGGCAUAGUGGAUACUCAUAGUGCCAGAAGAAUGUUUUGAGUAGAAUUGACGAAUAUUCAAACUAGAGCUGAAAGUCUGUAUAGUGCAAGGGAGCAUGCUCCACACUUGCCUGCUGAGUGACACAUUGUCUGUGCUUCUUUAUUAUAGUUACAGAGGCUGUGCGCCUUAAUCUGCAAUAGUGCUCAAAUGUUGAGCAACAACAAAAAACAGCCCUAUUUACUUCCUUUUGUGUACCUCUUGUGUAAUAUUAUAACUAUUAUGUUUGUGCAACAUGACACGUGCUGCUACAUGACUUAUAUGUAUGUAGAUGCAUGUAUAUAAAAUUUGCCUGAUGAUCGUAGCAAUACGUGAAACUCAGAGUUGUAACAAAGCUUCCAAACUCUCUCUUGUAUAAAUUCUGAAAGCAUUCCGAGAGUCUGUGUAUAAUAAACUUCAAAAAGUAAUAAAACAAGUCACUGAUUUUGUCUUCACUGUUAUUGGCACACAAAGAGACCAAGCAAAUUGUGAACCUGAUAAUGCCUUUUGUACUAUUAUUUCUCAAGCCAAUACAUGGUUAUACAUUGUAGCUUUAAUAUAGUGUGACGAAGCACAACAAUGUCGAUUUAUACAGCUCAUUGGCAGUGAAAUGAUGAUGAAACGUACAUUACUUGUGUACGUUUCAUCGCUUCUUUGUCAUAUUAUUACCAUAUCUGGACUGAUUUGGUAUGAAAGGCCUCUUCAGGUUCACACCGGCAUUUCUUCUUCUAAUCGUGCAAUGUAGUUUCUUCCAACUAAGUCUCUAUUCUUCAUCAUUAGCUUCAGCCGCUCUGAACCUACCCAGAGCUACGUCUCGUUACGCCUGAAUGCUAUUUCAUUUUUGGCAGCAGACAGAUGGAACAUGCUUCCAUCUGGAUGUCGUCAAGCUAAGCCCCUUUCUGCAUUUGUCACAAGCACCAAAUCAGUCCUAGGGUUCCCAGUAAAAAGGCAACGCCUGUUGGGAGUUCCCUAGUAAAAUAAUAAAUUCUACUA